CACUAGGGUGCCCUGUGGCUGUGUUGGGGCCCUUUAGGAAGGGCAGGGGUUGGGGGUACGGCCGGGGCCGCUGGGCUGAGCGUGUGCCCACAGAUAGGAGCGGAGAUGGAGGCCCCGGAGCUGUUUGCCACAGCCGUGCCCGAGGAGCAGCUGGAGGGCGGCUGGGACAGGGCCCUGCAGGGGGUGUUCGGGCCCAGACAGUGCCUGCGCUGCGUGGAGAGCCCCAGGGGUGUGGGAUCCCUUCUCACCAUUGUGCAGGGCAGGAUGCAGGAGCACUGGCAGAAAGGACAGGACUUCUCCUCUUGUGGCCAGUGGGAGGAAGCCGUCAUCUGCUACACAAAAGCCAUCAGCCUGGAUCCACAGCGGGCAGAGCUGUAUGAGCAGCGGGCAGAGGCCUUCCUCCAGCUUUGUGACUUCCAGUCGGCCAAGCUGAACUUAAUGAAGGUGCUUAUGUUGGCACCUGCGCGGAAGCAGCACUGCCUGGCUCGUCUGGCUCUUGUCCUUGACCUGCAGGGCCAGUGUCUGCUGGACCAGGAGCUCUACAGUGAGGCCCUGGAGGCCUUCACACAUGCGGCUGAGCUGCAGCCUCACUGCAGGGUGUUCCACCAGAGGAGCAUCGUGUGCCUUGCUGCCCUCGGUGAGUUCCCAGAGUUCCUCCAGAUGCUUAACAGAGAACUGGAGGAGGAUGUGAGGAACCCUGAUAUGUAUGUGCUCCGUGCCUUCUUCUACAAACGCUCUGGGCAGCUGGCCCUGUGCCUCCAGGACAUCCAACAGGCCCUGAAGCUGGAGCCGCAGCACAGAGCUGCCCAGGUUUUGUGGCACAGGCUGCUGAGACAAGGCCAGGAGGCCAAAGCCCAGGCAGUGUUGAAGGCCUUGCGUGGAGACCUGCAUGGGGCCCUGUACGAGAUCAGCUUUGCUAUUGAAAGUGACCCGUUGGCUGCUGAAUUCUUCACCCUCAGGGGGACCCUCCUCCGGCAGCUCAAGGACUUCAGUGCAGCCAGCAAGGACUUGGCCAGGGCUAGGGAGCUGAGUGCCCUGGGGAGCCCAGAGGCCCGGGAGGCUCAGAGGCAGCUGGUGCUUACCUACAAUGAUUGUGCUGUGCGCUGCUAUGCCCUGGGCCAACUUGAUGAGGCUGUAAAGCUCCUUGGUGAAGCUCUGCAAAAUGAAAAGACAGAGCAGGGACUCUACGCCAACAGAGGAGACUGCUUCUUUCGCCUGGGGGAGCUGACCUAUGCGCUGGCAGAUUACCAGCAGGCGCUGGAGCUGAGUCCAGGGAACCGCGCUGUGCAGGAACGUGUUGCAGCUGUGUUGCAUGAGAAGGGCUGUCAGGACUUGGCAGCCAGGCGGUUCCUGGAGGCAGAAGCUUGUUUUUCUAUGGCCAUUGAGCAUGACCCCCGAGGAGCGCUGUACUACCUGUGUCGUGCCAUGGCCAAGCGGUGCCUAGGGAAGGUGGAGAGCUCGAGGGAGGAUGUCGCACUCGGUCUGCGGCUCAGCCCCACAGAUAGCAAGAUCCUUUCCCUUGCACACCUCCUCUUUCCAAGAAAGACUGUCCAGGCUAUCCUGAGGAGCUUUGCCCGACAAACCUUGGAUGAAACACUUCAGAGUCUUCCAAGACUUCCAUAUGAUGAUGCCUGAUGGACAGAAGCAGUAGGUCCCCACAUAAGUGGCACUUCUGUGAAGCUGAGUAGAGCUGGUUCAGCCAGUGCCUGCAAGAUCUGACCAGCAGAAGGAUGUCAAAGAAGCUCAAGAGCUCAUAGCACCAAUUCCUCAGCCUGCUGUAGAAAUUACCACUGAAUAAAAAUGUUUUUAAAAACCA